CGAACGUCGGCACCUUAUCCGACAAAUCCGGGUUUACAGUUGACUGGUAGUAUUACGGUUAGGUUGCAGGCUUCCAAUGCUGGGUUGGAAUGAUGAUGGUGCUGACCGUGACGUGUGCUGAGUGGCUCAUGAUGUUCAUUCUUGUUUUGGGCGUCUCGGCGGUGUCGCUACACCUCACUACGGCGGCGACGUCGAUUGUCAAUAAAGCAUACAAAUAUUCGGUUUUGCCUGGCUUCUCCAGAUCUCAUACUACCACACUCAGCAGUUCCUCCUCGCAUGUACACGCUCAGUCUACCUCAGCAUACCUACCUUACCUCACAUAAUGAAGCUCUUCGCGUUCAGCUUUGUUUCGGCUCAUCUUUUCGUCGGACUUGUCUCAGCUUCAAGCAACCACUCUAGUUCCAACGUGCCGUCGCUGGUCGACCCGCGAACCAGAUAUCAGCAUCGAGUUAUACUCCCUGAUCAAGGUUUCCCAGGCCUCCACCAAAACUGGAAUCCACCCAUCGACAGUGGCGAGAAAUCCUACGUCGGCACUGGUCGUCUCAAAGGCCGCAAGGCACUGAUCACAGGAGGAGACUCGGGCAUCGGCCGAGCGGUCGCCAUUGCCUACGCUCGCGAAGGCGCCGACGUCACCAUUAACUACCUGCCGGAAGAGCAGCCCGACGCCGAUGAGGUGAAGACCUUGGUCGAGGCCGAGGGUGUCCGCUAUUUCGCCAUGCCAGGCGAUCUCCGUAAUGAAACCUUCUGCACGAGCCUCGUUCACCAGGCCCGCGAGGCCAUGGGCGGACUAGACAUCCUCGUCAGCAACGCCGGAUACUUUGUGCAGAAUCUCAACAUUUCAACCAUCACGACCGAACAGAUCCUGCAGACGUUUGAGGUCAACGUCUUCGCGUCCUUCUACCUGGUUCGCGCAGCGGCACCACUCCUCCCGCCCGGUUCAUCCAUCAUCUUCACGUCCUCGGGCAUGGCGCGUCGGCCUCACGGCGCUGCUGUCGACUAUGCCGCGACAAAGGCUGCUCUCAUCUCCAUGGCACAGACCCUGGGCUUGCAGUUGGGCCCUCAAGGUAUCCGAGUCAAUGCCAUCGCGCCGGGCCUCACCGCCACAAACUUUCUUACAUCUCAUGGCCUGACGACUGAGAAUGCCGAUACGAUUGCGGCACAGCUGCCUUUGGGAAGGAUUGCACAGCCCGCCGAGCUCGCGCCUAUCUAUGUCAUGAUUGCUGAGGGCAGCAGCUCGCAGUCCAUUGCCAGCGCUUACGGGGUCAACGGAGGCAAUCUCUCCUUUUAAGCACCUUUGUGCUGUGCAAGGAAUGGGUGUAGCUGUUUCUUCAUGGUCUUGAAGAAUUAGGAUGGAUAUAUAGUGUGCGCAGAGGUUUAUGGACAGCGGUAUCACGAGCCAAUCAUUCAC